AUGGAAAGGAACAGGGUCUCGUUUAUGAUUCCCGAUACAAAAAACUCGGAUAUUAGGCACUCUUCAAAACUAGACAAAACAACAUCCUUAUGUAAAUAUAAAAAGCUGAUAUUAAAGGAACUAUCCACAGAUGAACGUUUCAACUACGGUCUACUUCGAAAGAUCGUGGUAUUAAAGGAUAUUUUGAGGGAUUUACCAGAAAUUGAGCACAAUUUAGUCAGUUCUAUAUAUAGUAGAGAUGAAAAUGACCGAAUAAGUUUACCAGCACGCGUGAUAACUAGCAUUUGCAGUACCUUAUUUAUUUUGGUUAUAUACGGUUCAAUUUUUGUUAUAGGACUAAUAAUAGCCUCAUAUAUUACAUCUCCUAUUCCAAUAUAUGGAAGAUUGAUGUGGCAUCAUGUUGACGACGAUAUACCAGAGAUUUUGCAAAAAAUAUUUUUGAUUCCGCCAGGAUCUAGCAAUAACUACCUGACAAUUAAAGGUUCAUUUUUCGUUGCUUACCAUUUGUACAAUAAUACUCCCUACUCCGGUUCUCUUUCACUUUACAUGAAUGCUUCAUAUUUGCCACAGUCAAAUACCAAAAUGUUAACUACCGAAUAUUGCUUUGGAAAACACUCAUAUCCAAAACUUGGACCAUCAAUCUUUGAUAAUUUCAAGGAUAAAAAGUUAAAAUUUACCGCAAAGUCUGAUGUGAACAACAUCCCAAAUAACGAUGAGAGUAAGGGUCGUUUGGAUUAUGGGAAUUUAAUAAGUUUAGACAAAGUUAUCCAUCUUCAAAGGUAUGAUGACGUAAAUAUACACCUCCCAGAAUCAUCUAUAUACGAAAAUUUUAUAACAUACCCAAUCGCUGGAAAUAGAAUAGAAAUGAUACCUGAAGUUUAUCAAGGUCUUAAUGAAGUUAGAUUAGUGAUUACACUGGAUUCAAAAAUAAAGCUUGAUAAUAAUAACGAGAUAGCCAGUAGACUUUUGUCUGAUUGCAGGAACGGUUUCUUGAUUUUAAAAUUUACGUCUAUCGCCCAAAGGUUUGAUACCAUGUUGUUUAGUGGAACUUCUAUGCCAACAAAUUUUCUGCCUAUACGUAUACCAUGCUCAAUAUCUGUAAUACAAGAGGCCAUCGACAAGGUUACUACUUUCGCCAAAGUCAAGAGACGUCUUUAUAAUAAUCAGCGACACAUUCUCAAGAAACUCAACGUUUCGUUAAAUAUAUAG